CACACACGCGCGGAUACACGUACUGUCGUGCACGCGCUCUCUGUCUCUCACUCACACACACAGACACUGAAGAACACAAACUCUAUGAGGAUUUUACACACAACUCUUCAACACACGAAUGAUAUUAAUCUGAUCAUGGCGUUCAGCGCGUUAUCUCGUCUGUCUUCAGUUUUACUUUAUAUCGGCCUCAUCAGCUCAGAGAAAAUACCUGAGCCUGAAAAUGUGCGAGUGUUAUCAUCAGACAUGGGAUUACAGCUGAUGUGGGACCCCCCAAAAAACAUCUCUGAUCAACUCUUGAGAUACACUGCAGAGAUGAGUGGAUGGAUGGUUUUUGAGGCCGUGUGUACAAACAUCUCUUCACACAGCUGUGACUUCACCGAUCACGUCCCCACCCCUUUUGGAACAUAUCGUCUUCGUGUUAAGACGGAGCUCAAUGGAGAGACUUCUGACUGGAUAGUGACAAAAGAGUUUGCAGUCGACAAAAUAACUAAUAUAAGUGGGCCACAUGUGGAGCUGAAGAGCAGAAAGGGUCAAACAGAAGUUCACAUCACUGAUCCUCCCAUGAAGAAAAAGAACCUGAGGGAUGUGUUCGGCAGUAUUUCUUACCUCAUCCAUUACUGGAAAGAAGGAGAAGUGACAAAGGAGGAACUAAUAAGAGAGCAGAACAGAAUCAUGUUACCGUUUCUGGAGCCGCAGGUGAGCUACUGUGUUCAGGUGGCAGUUCUGUGUUCCGUCAUCACAAUCAGUGACUUCAGCAAUGUCACCUGUGUGACCAACACGGCCAGCGAUGAGGUGGAGAGCUGGUUCAUAGCGGUGCUGUUGUUGGGGAGUUUUCUGGUGGUGUCAGGGACUGUGGUUCUCAUCUUUCUGGCUGUGUGGUGCAGUUAUAAAGUGUGCCGGAUGAUUUAUCCUGAUGCCAAACUACCUCCACACUUGAAACAGUAUCUGUAUGAACGGCCUUCGUCCUCCGUGUUGUUGAGCGCUCCGCCAAAGGAGAACGUUCAUGAGGUCAGGAUCCUUCACGAGGAGACGCACAACACACAGCAGGCGGAGCGGCCAAUCAGAGCUCAGCAUAAUCAAACAGAUUGUUGGACAAGAGUGGAUAUAAAAGAGAGAGAUGAAGAACAGAGAUUACUUGAUGAAAUCAAACUGUAGUAUUCACGUCAUGAACUUUCUUCAUUUUAUAAAUGUUAAGAAUUGUCAGUGUAAAUCACUUGUGAUGUGUCUCAUGGGAUGGAAGCCUCAGCGUCUGUCUGAGGUUUAAAUUCUGAUUACUGAAGGUUUUUUCUAUUUUGUGUGUAUUUUUGUUUUUCAUGAAUUCAGUGUCAGUGUAAUGUUAGUGUUAAUGUAUGCUGCACAGUCUGCUAAUGACAAUCAAAAUAUUUUAUAUCUUAUAAAAAUGUAUAUAAUGAAAUAAUAUAAAUAUAAUAUCCUGUAAUAUAAAUAAUGAGAUGAAUGCAA